AUGGAUUACAGAAAUGCUAGUGAUGAAGACCUAAAAAAAGCCUACCGUCGUCUCACCAUGAUUUGGCACCCGGACAGAAACCCUAGCAGUAACAAAGGAGAAGCGGAAGCCAAAUUCAAGCAGAUUUCUAAAGCGUAUGAUGUGUUAAGCGACCCCAAGAAGCGUCAGAUCUACGAUCUUUAUAGGGAAGAAGCUUUGAAGUCCAGCCAAGUCCCUCAGCCCCAUCCUUUUUCCUCCAAUCGAGGUUACACCGCUCAUCACUACAUACGAAAAGAAAAAUCACAAACCUCAAAGAAGCACAAAUGGGUAGAUCUAUAUGUACAAUUCAUCCACAGGGAGUGA